AGGAUGACGUAGCGCCCGAGGAGGAGUUCCCGUUAAUCCAAACACCGACGUCACAAACUCAAUUUAUCCACAACAACCUCUCCUCAUCCACCCGGUCGGUAGCAUGGCGGCUCAGAAGAUCAACGAAGCCCACGAGCACAUAGCCAAAGCGGAGAAAUGCUUAAAGACCAGUAUGACAAAGUGGAAGCCUGAUUACGACAGCGCUGCAUCGGAAUACGCCAAAGCAGCUGUCUGCUUCAAGAACGCGAAACAGUACGAGCAAGCAAAGGAUGCUUAUCUGAAGGAAGCUGAAAACCACACAGAAAACAAGACACUUUUUCAUGCUGCAAAGGCUAUUGAACAGGCGGGUAUGAUGAUGAAGGAACAAAAGAAGAUGCCCGAGGCCAUCCAGUACAUAGAGAAAGCCUGUAUGAUGUACAUGGAGAAUGGGACUCCUGACACUGCUGCUAUGGCUCUGGACCGGGCUGGAAAACUGAUUGAGCCAAUAAACCUAGAGAAAGCUGUGGACCUGUAUCAGAAGGCAGCUGGCGUGUUUGAGAACGAGGACCGCCUGCGUCAGGCAGUCGAACUGCUGGGAAAAGCCUCCAGACUGCUGGUCAGGUUAAGGAGGCUGGACGAAGCCGCAGUUGCUCUGCUGAAAGAGAAGAACAUGUACAAAGAGAUUGAGAACUUCCCCAUGUGCUUCAAGAAAACAACUGCUCAAGUGCUGAUUCAUCUUCACAGAGGCGACUACGUGGCGGCUGAUAAAUGUGUCAGAGAAAGUUACAGUCUGCCCGGCUACAGUGGAAGCGAAGAUUGCAUCGCCAUGGAGACGCUACUGCAGGGCUACGACGAGCAGGACGAGGACCAGGUCUACCGUGUGUGCAACUCACCUUUACUGAAGUACAUGGACAACGAUUACGCCAAGCUGGCCAUUUCCCUGAGGGUACCCGGAGGUGGAGCAAAGAAGAAGAAGGCUGCUGCUGCUGCUCCACAAGCCGGUGCCGGUGGGGCGCCGGCCGGUGCCGACGAUGAGGACGAUUACGAGGGAGGGCUGUGUUAGCCUUCAGCCUCCAGAGUGCCGACUCGACCCGUCUGCUGCUCCACCAUUACACCCCUCCGUGUGCGAGUUAAAAACCUUGACAAACCCUUUCCGCUCUGAACGCCCAGAUGUCUGGCUGUUUGAUCUUAAUUGUGCAAAAAAAUUAAUUUUAAAAAAGCAAAUUUAAAAACCUGCAACAGUUAAAGUUGGUGUUGCAGAAGAUUCGUUUAAGCAGCAGUUUAAUUUGUGUUUGUUUGAGGUGUAAUGAAAAAUCUUUAAUGUUCAAUAAUGUAUGAAAGCCUGUUGUAUGUAAACGAUUAUUUGUCGUCUCGGUGAAGCUGUAAAUUCUGCUGUUUAUUGUUUGUGAGUAGAGUCUUAAAGAUUGGUGCAGGUAUAUUAAAAUCAGAAACGCUCUAUAUAUAUUCUCUAAUGGGUUGAUCAGUGUAUAGGUGUUUAUUUGUACAGAGUUAAUUUAUUCAGUAUUCAUGGCUGCGGCCUGUUGAAAAAUGUUACCGGAACAAUAUAUGCAAUCAGUUUGUUAAUGCAUGUUUGGAAUAAUGGUGAAUCAAAGAAAAAAACACAUGAAUUUGAAUAAUUAAUGCUUAGAAAUGACGAGCACUGUUGUCUGCAGCAUUAGCAUUAGCACUUAUUCAAGUUAUUCAGAAAAGGUGAAGUUCCUGAUGGCACAGCUUUUAUUUGUAGACUGUUUUCAUUCGUUUACGUUGAGGUGUGUGUGUGUUACCUUCCACCUUUUAAACUGAAAAAUAGUCUCGGCUGUGUCUUUAUUUCCUUUUUCCACAGUACAAUCCUCGAAUAAAAGCAACUAAAACAUAAAAAAAGGGACCUUGCAGUGAUGUUUUUCACUGCAUUGAAUUCCUAUUUAAUGCGGAAUUUGUGUAUUUUGUGAUUUUAGCUUAUUGCUCAUACUGUAAAUCAUUUACAUGCCAAUUAAAUAUUAUUCUGACGCCACAUAACUAAAGGUGAUAAAGGGAUUGUUUACAUUUCUUUUUUUUAUUAUUUUGUGCUGUUGCCCACUUCUUGUAUAUUCCUAAAAAGCAUAUCUCCAAACUUUGCACAUGCAUCAAUAAACAUUUCCAUUGUGUGGCA